AUGUCUCUGGGUCAGAGGAGUGAGCACUGCAGGCUUGAGGAAGACCUUUGGGCCCCCAAAGAGGCACAGGGCCUAGAAGGUGUGCAGGCUCCCACGGCUGAGAAGGAAGAGCCCUCCUCCCCCUCCUCCCCCUCCUCCUCCCUCACUCCUUUGAUCCUGGGCACUGCAGAGGAGGUGCCUGCCACUGAGGCACUGAGUCCUCUCCAGAGGUCUCAGAGAGCCUGCUUCUCACCCACUGCCACCACAGCCACUCCAUCGAGUCAGUCUGAUGAGAAUUCCAGAAGCCAAGAAGAGGAGGGGCCCAUCACCCCCCAGGCUCCACCAGAUCCUGAGUCCUUGCUCAGUGAUGAGCUAAACAAGAAGGUGGCUGAACUGGUGCAGCUCCUGUGUGUCAAAUAUGUAACAAAGGAACCCACCACAAUGGCAGAAAUGCUAACAAAUGUCAUCAAAGAGCACAAGGGUCACUUCCCUGAAAUCUUCAGCAAAGUCUGUGAGUGCGUGGAGGUUGUCUGUGGCAUUAAAAUGAAGGAAGUGGACCCCGCCAGCCACUCCUAUGUGCUUGUCAAAACACUUGACCUCACCUACGAUGGGAUGCUGAGCGGUGACCAGGGCGUGCCCAAGACCGGCCUCCGGAUACUUAUCCUGGGUAUGAUCUUCAUGGAGGGCAACCGUGCCCCCGAGGAGAAAAUCUGGGAAGUGCUGAAUAUGAUGGGGGUGUAUGCUGGGCAGGAGGAUUUCAUCUACGAGCCCAGGAAACUCAUCACCAAAGAGUUGGUGAAGGAACAAUAUCUAGAGUACCGGCAGGUGUCUGACAGUCCUCCACACUAUGAAUUCCUGUGGGGUCCAGGGGCCUAUGCUGAAACCAGCAAGAUGAAAGUCCUGGGCUUUUUUGCUGAGAUCAGUGGGACUGACCCCACUUCCUUCCCAUCAUGGUAUGACGAAGCUUUGAGAGAUGAGAGAGCCCAGGCCAGAGCUGCCACCGGGGAUGAUACUAGUGCCACAGCCAGUGAAAGUUCCAGUGUCAUGCCCAGCAGCCUCUCCUGCCCUGAGCGAAGUCCGAAGCAUAUGCUUCAGUCUUCGUCUGAAGACAACAGCCAAUGUUUUACGUAG